ACAAGGAUGUGAUGCGCACAGACAGAACCCAGAAGUUUUUCUCAGGAGACAAAAACCCAAAUCUCCAAGUCUUGUACGAUAUACUCAUGACAUACGGAUUCUACAACUUUGAUUUGGGCUAUGUCCAGGGUAUGAGUGAUAUGUUGUCUCCGAUUCUCGUUGUGAUGGAGAAUGAGGUAGAGGCCUUCUGGUGCUUUGCUGGGGCCAUGGAGAGAAUGUGUCACAACUUUGAGAUGGAUCAGACCGGAAUGAAACUGCAGCUGUCCCAGAUCCACAUUCUGAUGCAGGUCUAUGACCCUGAACUGUGUGCUUACCUGGAAAGCCAUGAGUCUGGUAACUUCUACUUCUGCUUCCGAUGGAUAUUGAUUCUGUUCAAGCGAGAGUUCUCCUUUCAGGACAUCCAAAGAUUGUGGGAGGUGCUGUGGACUGAUCGACCUUGCAAGAACUUUCAUCUGAUAAUCUCACUGGCCAUCCUUGACUCUGAGAAAUCAACGCUAAUGGAGAACAAGUUUGGUUUUACUGAAAUACUCAAGCACAUCAAUGACAUCAGCCAAUCUAUCCCCUUGGAGGAAACUCUCUGUAAAGCUGAGGGGAUCUUCCUACAGCUGAAGGAGUACAAAAAGCUGCCCAAGGUUGUCAAAGAAAUCCUGGGCCUCCUGCCAGCAACACCCUCAUCCUCCACAGACAGUUGUUUAUCCACAGCAUCCAGCCCUCAGGUGGAGGUUAGACAGGAAACAUCUGUAUCAGCCACAGAUGUCACAGGCAGGAAGUCCAGUGCUCCUGUAAAUAGUUCCCAGAGUUUCCACUCGUCCAGCAACAGAAGGAACACUGUGGAUGAGCAGGUAAAGAUAAUGACAUAG